AAACAAGAUUUAUAACAUUCUGUCUUCAGGUUCAGGAUGUACAUCUGUAACAGGAUACAAUUUCACUUAAGGAUGUAAUUUUUAAAAUAAUGGCUGAAGAGAAUAUUUAUGUCGAUUUCGGUGAAAUUUCAAUCAGCAAGCCUGCUGAUGAGGAUGCACCUGGCUGGUAUUGGGGUCAGAUGACAAAGGCCGAGGUCAAUGAGCUGCUCCAGGACUCACCAGAUGGUUCAUUCCUUGUCAGAGAUGCUUCAACUCCAGGGGACUUCACUCUUACUAUCAAGAGAGGAGGAGUUAACAAACUUGUUAAGAUUUAUCACAAAAAUGGACUUUAUGGAUUUGCAGAACCAUAUGAUUUUAGUUCACUGGAAGAGUUGAUAGAGCAUUACAGACAAACGUCCCUUGUCAGGUACAAUAAUAAACUGGAUGUCAAACUGCUGUAUGCGGUAGAAAGAAGCAAGCGAGACUCAUAUGAGGAUGAUGUGCCCAGGAAGAAGGAAGAUUAUCGGGAGUUGGUGGAGAAUUUACGUCAAGCAGAGUGUUGCCUAGAAGAACUCUUUGAUAAACAGACAACAGUGCAGAUGGACUUACAGAAAAAAGAGCUGUUAGCAGAAAGUCUGAAGACAACCAUGUUUGUUUAUGAAGAGCAAAUUGAACUACACAGACAAUUUCAUGGAGAUGUUUCAGCUAUUGAUAUAGAAAGGGUUCGAGAAAAUUUCAAUGCAUUGUUGAGUCGACUAAAAGAGAUAAAUGGCAUGAAAGAAACUGUGGCACAGGAAAAUGGCUUAAUAGUUCAGGAAAAUCGUCGACUCAUGGGAGAAAUUUCUGAACUGAAAGCCAAAGUCAAAAAACUUGCUAGAGAAAAGUCAAAGAAAAAAAGAUGGUUGGUAGAUACAAACAAUUUACCGCACGCAGUAGAAGAUACAUGGAUGGUAGGUUUGUGUGCCAGAAAAGAAGCAGUGCAACUACUGGAUGGGAAAACAGCAGGCACGUUCCUCAUCCGGAAAUCAGAGAAGGAUGAUAAAAUUUCAUAUGUUCUCUCCUUAGUGGAUACAAGCCGUAUUGUACAUAUCAAAAUAGUUGAGAAGGAUACGGGUUAUGGAUUGUCGGAGAGAGUUUGUAACCAUCCGUCACUUAUGGAUCUUGUUCUCCAUUAUGAGAGUACGUCUAUAGCAGAACACAACAAUAGCGUUGAUAUAACACUGAAAUAUCCGGUCAGGAAAAUAGACAUUGAAGACUAUUAUGAAUCAGAGCCAAUCUAUGGUUUAUAACAAUAUAUUGCAUAUAAUAUAAUAAGCUUAUAUCAUAAAAGCUCUAAGCUUAUCUGGGAUGUUGUAUUUAGCUGAAGUGGAUAUUACCGAACCAUGAUUACAUGAUGUGCACAUGAGCAGGGUGUGAACUGACCUGAAUAAAUCCAAAAGGGUUGAAUACAUCUCAGUAAAGCUACUGUUAUGAAUCUUUAAUGACCCAUUUUAAGCUCAUCUGAUUUUUUGAAAAAAAAAAGAUAUGAGUUGUUGUCAUCACUUGAUCAUCGUCAGCGUCUGCGUUGGCGUUGCCUGGUUAAGUUUUAUGUUUAGGUCAGUUUUUCUCCUAAACUAUCAAAGCUAUUGCUUUAAAGCUUGCAACACUUAUUCAACAUCAAUAGGUGACUCUGUUCAGCAAGAAACAUAACUCCAUCCUGCUUUUUGCAAGAAUUAUGUCCCCUUUUGGACUAAGAAAAUAUCAAGUUUCUUGGUCAAGUUUUAUGUUUAGGUCAACUUUUCUCCUAAACUAUCAAAGCUAUUGCUUUGAAACUUGCAACGCUUGUUCACUAUCAAAAGCUGACUCUGUACAGCAAGAAACAUAACUCCAUUCUGCUUUUUGCAAGAAUUAUGGGCCCUUUUGGACUUAGAAAAUGUCAGAUUUCUUGGUUAAGUUUUGCAUUUAGGUCAACUUUUCUCCUUAACGGUCAAAGCUGUUGCUUUAAAACUUGGAGCAGUUAUUCGCCAUUAAAAGCUGACUCCGCACACUAACUCUACAUUUCUUUUUGCAAGAAUUAUUGUUUCUUUUGGAUUUAGAAAAUCAUGGGUAGGACAAUAUUUCUAUUAUGCAGAGACAAAAAAAUCAGAUGAGCAUCUGCACUUGCAAGGCGGUGCUCUUGUUUGUUUUAAUAGUAGCUAUUAUCUUUCUGAAUUAUACAAGCACCUAUUUAUUUGUCACUUCAUUCAUAUUUGUGGAUACGAUUAGUCCACACUUAAGGAAAAUACACAAUCAUAUUUCCAUGUAGCAUAAUGUGUAGGUAUGUUUUUUUUUAGUGAAAUAGAUGCUGAAUGGAAUAAUUGGUCUUAACUAUUGCUCAUUUAUAACAGAACAUGUUAUAAAUUGUAUAAAAAAAAACAAUCUAUUUGUUUUAUAACUUUUUAAGAAAAAUUUAAGGUUUAGCAGUAUAUCACAUAACAAAAAAAAUAUAUGUAAAUGAACAACAUCUUGACAAACAACUUAUCUGUCCAAUACAUGUUUUACUGUUCUAUCCAUUAGAGCUGGAUACUUAAAAUAUUCUAUAGGAGUUGUCCCCCUUUAAAAAAGAAUGCAUUUGUAAGAUAUAAAUGUAAACAAUUGUCAAAAACAAUGUUUUACCUAGUUAUGUUAAGUUUAAACACUGGUACAUUGUUGCAAAUGCAUCAAAACGAAGACAUGUAACAGCUUUUUAAAAAUUGUGAGUUUUUAAAGGCGCUGAACUGUCCAAAGUGUGGCCCCUUCAUGCAGUCCCUUUCCAGAAUUCAAUAAAUAUAUGAGUAAAUUGACAAAGGUUUUGUAGAAUAAUAUACAUAUUUAAUAUGCUGUUUAAUUAUCCUGUAAAACAAUGCUCUCUUUCUAUGAUUUGAUGAUGUUCAAACUUUUUUCUCCGAAACAUGGACCCAACUCCUAAGUGUAAAGAAGCAAGUGUAAUGCAUGAACACGUAUAAUACUAUAAAAUAACAGCUGCUUCCAUGAUAACAUGCUGCACAAGUGUGUUGGUUACUCAGAUCUAUUUUAAAUACUAUGUUAUGCUACUUUUAAGGACACGCCACAAAAUAACUGUAUUCUUUUGUAGUUCCAUGAUGGUAAUUAUACAUGGUUUGCAUGAAAAAAAACAUAAGUAUCUCGUUACAAAUUGACAGUGACAUAUAUUAUUAAGGCCAAGACAAUGUGUUUAACAUCUAAACACAUUAUUUAAUUAAUACAGCAGUAUGAACAUUUAUUGAAAGAUAAAGAUGAGUUUAGACCAUACUUUGUUUCUACAGUGUUACUGUAUAAGACAGUUAUUAUUCUAUGUUUUUAAAGCUAUACUGAAAAGAAAAUGACUAAGUUUGCAGAUUAAGUUGUGAAAAUACAUUUAUUCAGUGAGAGCCUAAAUUAAUUGUCCAUCUGUCGUCCUGUACAAUAGCUAUAUUAUACCAGUCUUAUCAGAAUGAUUUGCACGAAGUUCAUGUGGGAAGAAAAAGUAGGUCACUAGAUUGUGGUGGGUCUUUAAUUGUCUUCACACCAUUAUGCAAUCCAUUAUCAUAUAUUACUUUUAAGAAUGUUUAAACUUUGAAGAAAAUUACAUAUAAGAAAAAAUAUAGUAUAGAUUAGGGACCCCAUUGGAAAAAAAGUGCAAUUAUGAUGCUUUAAUGGAUUAUCCCAGACCGUGAAAUCAUUUUCUUAUAUAUUUUAUUUUUCCUUUCAAUCAUUAUUAUGUUUCUCAGCAUGUUUUUAAUUAUAAUCUGUUGAUGUAUUUUUGAUUUGGAUAAAGAUUGCAUUUGACAUGUAAUUUGUGUAAAUUAUGGUCUUUAUAGUAUUAGUAUUGUAUAACAUGCAGUAUACUGAUGACAAUGAUUUUGUAUUGUGUCUUGAAUGUAUUCAUAAAUAAAUGCGCCAAGAAUUAAAAUAGAAAAUUUUA